AGUUUCGGGAACAUACAUCUAAGCUUUACGAACAGCUCAUCUUCAAACAUCAUCCUGUGGUUUCUCAGCUGUCUGAUUUAUCCUUGUUCAACAAGGGAGACAGAUCAUGGAUUGCUACGGGAAGUAUGCAGCUGUCACUUUGACCAUUUUGUCUGUAUUUCUGCAUCUUCUUCAUGCUUUCCCAGACGGCGAGUUUCUCAUGCAGGGUUGUCCAGAGUGCAAGCUAGGGGAAAACAGAUUCUUUUCCAAGCCAGGAGCUCCCAUUUACCAGUGCACUGGGUGCUGUUUCUCCCGGGCUUAUCCUACUCCAAUGAGGUCCAAGAAGACCAUGCUUGUUCCAAAGAACAUUACAUCAGAAGCAACAUGCUGUGUAGCAAAGGCGUUUACCAAGAUCACCCUUAAGGACAAUGUGAAGAUAGAGAACCAUACAGAUUGUCACUGCAGUACCUGCUACUAUCAUAAAUCCUAAAGCCUGUCCCUUUGUUAAUGAGCAGGACAACGGUGAACGGAGUAUUUGGUUUUUAGCUUUUAUAGCACCACUGUGUAAAAUCUUAUGUUUUCUGGUCAAGACACUGAGUAGACCUUUGAAUAAGAUUGAUGGCUGUUUUAUUUCCUCUUUGCUUCUUCAUGCAUUUAAGUAAGUUUAAUUAUUUCCAUUAGGGAUAAAAUACAGCACUUGCAUGGCAACCGAAUGCUUGAUCUAUUUUUAAAAUAAACUGUCAGUUAAAUUAUCAAUGUUUCUUGAGGAAAAAUGGUGAUUUAAUAGCUUAAAACAAAAUCAGAUUCUGCUGCAGUUAA